AUGGCCUCCGCGCCGAACGGCGGGACCGGCGGAGGCGUAGAGGCGGUCCAGUACGACGCGGGCACGGGCAUUUACACCGUUAAGAACAAACCGUGGCCAGUGGGAACUCGCUACACGGUGCACUGUCUGAUUGGCUCUGGCUCAUACGGAGAUGUCUGCAAGGCCACUGACAAUGAGACGGGCGAAACUGUUGCGCUCAAGCGCAUCGCGGAUGUGCUGUGCUGCCCCAUGCUGGCCAAGAGAGUGCUUCGAGAGGUCUGCAUCAUGCGCCGCCUCUCACACCCAUACGUCAUCCGAUUGGCGGACGUGUUCACUCGCAAGUCCACUGAGGUGCCGGGCGGAUUCGACCUCUACAUCGCCACGGAGUAUGCCUCAGGUGGCGAUCUCUAUCGGUUUAAGCAGCCGCUAACACCAGAGGAUGUGAGGCGGCUGAUAUGGCAGCUGCUGGUGGCAACUCGCUAUCUGCACUCCUGCCAUGUCUGGCACAGAGAUAUCAAGUCAGAGAACACGCUGCUCCACGCCAACACCACACUCAAACUCUGCGACUUUGGCCUCUCUAGAUCCGCCCUCGGGUCAGGGCAGCCAAUGCAGCCGCGCAGUGCACCGGACGAGAAGGGGGCAGCGGCGGGGAGGAAGCAGCACGUGCUGCAGAGGCAGUUCACCAAGAUGGUCGUCACCCCCAGCUACCGCGCCCCUGAGGUGGUCAUGUCGCGAGGCCAGUACACAUCGGCAAUCGAUAUCUGGUCGCUCGGCUGUAUAUUCUGGGAGCUCCUAAUGCGAGCCAUGCGCCCCCAUCGACCAGGGCCCCCAUCAAGACCACUGUUUGGCAUCAGGGGCGAGCCAGUCACCCCGGAGACAGGGGAGAAGUACGUAGAUGACAAUGAAUCACCCUUAUCGGACCAGCUCGACGUGAUAUUCGAUGUCAUCGGCACGCCCUGCUGGAAGGACAUUGAGAGCGUUCCCAGCGAUGCCUGGCGGGCGUUCCUCAAGAGGCUGCCGGGGCGGGCGGGCAAUCUGGCCAAUCAAAUGGCGCCAUGUGGCGAUCCCGAGGCCGCGGAUCUGCUCCAUCGCAUGCUGGCGUUUGAUCCCUCCAGGCGGUGCACUGCAGAGGAGGCACUCGCUCACACUUAUCCCGAGGCUGCCGAUCUGCGCUAUCGCAUGCUGGCGUUUGAUCCGUCCAGGCGCUGCUGCACUGCGGAGGAGGCUCGUGCUCACACUUAUGUAACUACCGCUCUCCAUCUGACCCUCGACCCCUCCCAGUUCCGCAGUCUCGAGAAGCCCAUGGAGUUGCCACCCAUGGAGGCAGAGGAAACGCCCGUGUCUCUGCCGCAGGACCACCACUUCUGGCAAAUAACUGACCCUGCUAUCGCCCUGGGGCUGCUGGAGGAAACGCCCGUGUCUCUGCCACAGGACCACCACUUCUGGCAGAUCACCGACCCUGCCAUUGCCCUGGGGUUGCUAGAGAGGGAGCUGGAGCAGGCAGCAUACGAGCCUGAUGGGGGAAAGAGGAAGCUGGAAUGGCUGCUCGAGAGAGAAGCAGAGGGGCAGCAGAGGGAGUUGGAGCAGGCAGCAUAUGAGCCGGAUGGGGGAAAGAGGAAGCUGGAGUGGCUGCUCGAGAGAGAAGCAGAGGGGGAGCAGGUGAGGGGGGCAGCAGGUAAGGAGGGCAGCAGGUAA